AUGGGCCAGGACGGCUACCUGUACUUCGCCAACGCGCUGGCCGCCGACUCGCACCCCGACUACAUCUGCCACGCGCACUACCUGGGCCCCCGCACCAUCAUCCAGAAGGAGCCCCUGGACCUCCGCGUGGCCCCCAGUAAUGCGGUGCGCUCCCGCCGGCCCCGGCUGCUGGUGCCCCGCGACCCCCAGCCCCCCCACGUCGCCCUGCGCGGGGGCACCCUGGUCCUCGAGUGCAUCGCCGAGGGGCUCCCCACGCCGACGGUGCGGUGGCGGCGGCUCAACGGGCCGCUGCCGCGGGGCCGGGCAGCGCUGGAGAACUUCAACAAGACGCUGCGGCUGCGGGCGGUGGAGGAGGCCGACGACGGCGAGUACGAGUGCGUGGCCGAGAACAGCCGCGGCCAGGCCCGCCACGGGCACGCCGUCACCGUCGAGGUCGCCGUGGACCCGCAGAUCACGUCGCUGGACGUGCUGCAGCACAUCCUGGCACGCGCCUUCGACCUGCAGGGGAAGAAGAGCUUCGCGGUGAGCUUCGCGGCGCGCGACCGCCGGGGCAACGAGAGCUUCGCGCCGCUGGCCAGCGACAGCGACCUGGCGGCCGCCUUCGCCUCCGCCGCCAAGCCCGCCCUGCGCCUGCGCCUCGACGUGCGCCCCCCCGACGACAGCCCGCUGCUGGAGGACUGGGACAUCAUCAGCCCGCGGGAGGCGGCGGGGGCGGAGCCGCCCGGGCCCGAGCGCCGCUCCUUAUUGGCUGCCGCCCUGCCCUUCACCCAGGCCCUGCUGGCCCAGGUGGGCCGGACGCUGGCGCGGGCGCAGGCGGCGCUGGCCUGGCCCGAGGGCUCUUCCGCCGCCCCCCCGCGGGCCCCGCUGGGCGACGCCGACCUGCGCAGCUACCUGGGCCCCGGCGGGCGCCUGGCCCGGCCCCGCGAGCUCCGCCUGCACGUCUACCACGGCGGCGUGGAGCCCGGCCUGCGCAAGGUGGUGUGGCGCUACCUGCUCAACGUCUUCCCGGCGGGGCUCUCGGGCCAGGAGCGCCUGGCGCACCUGCGGCGCAAGGCGGCCGAGUACCGGGCGCUGCAGGGGCGGCUGGCGGCCCGGGCGGCCCCCGGGGAGCUGGCGCUGGUGGCGGCCGCCGUGCGCAAGGACGUGGUGCGCACCGACCGCGGGCACCCCUACUUCGGGGGCCCCGAGGAGGGGCACCCGCACCUGGCGGCGCUGCAGGCGCUGCUCACCACCUUCGCCCUGGCCCACCCGCGCCUCUCCUACUGCCAGGGCAUGUCGGACGUGGCGGCGCCGCUGCUCGCCGUGCUCGACGACGAGGCGCAGGCCUUCGUCUGCUUCUGCGCCCUCAUGCGGCGCCUGGCGCCCCGCUUCCGCCCCGGCGGCCGCGGGCUGGCGCGGGCCUUCGGGCACCUGCGGCGGCUGCUGCGCCGCGCCGACCCGCCCUUCUGGGCCUUCCUGGCGGCCCGCGGCGCCCACGACCUGCUCUUCUGCUACCGCUGGCUGCUGCUGGAGCUCAAGCGCGAGUUCGCCUUCGAGGACGCCCUGCGCCUGCUCGAGAUCACCUGGAGCUCGCUGCCGCCCGCCCCGCCGCCCCCCGCCGCCGGCGUGCCCCUGCUGGGCCCCCCGCUGCGCCCCCGCCACCGCCGCCGCCGCGACCGCCGCGGCCUCCGCCCGCGCCUGCCCCGCCGAUGCCGCAACGGCGACCGCGCCGCGGAGGGGGAGGCCGCCCGGGAGGAGCCCGGAGGCGACGCGGCGGGGUUCGGCGGCCCCCGGGGCGGCCCGCGGGAGCCCCAGAGCUCCGGGAGCCUCCGGGAGCAUCCGGAAAGCUCCGGAAAGCUCCAGGAGGAUCCUGAAGGCUCCGGAAAGCUCCAGGAGGAUCCCGAAGGCUCCGGAAAGCUCCAGGAGGAUCCUGAAAGCUCUGGAAAGCUCCAGGAGGAUCCCGAAGGCUCCACAAAGCUCCAGGAGGAUCCCGAAAGCUCUGGAAAGCUCCAAGAGGAUCCCAAACGCUCCAGGGAGCUCCAAGAGGAUCCAAAAAGUCCCAAGAGCCUCCAAGAGGAUCCCAGAAGCUCCAGGGGGAUCCAAGUGGAUCCGAAAAGCCCCAAGAAGCUCCAGGAGGAUCCCAAAAGCUCGAGGGAGCUCCAAGAGGCUCUCCAAAGCCCCAAGAACCUCCAAGAUGAUCCCAAAAGCUUCACAAACCUCCAAGAGGAUCCCAGAAGCUCCAGGAGGAUCCAAGAAGAUCCUAAAAGCCCCAAGAACUUCCAGGAGGAUCCCAAGGUGUCCAAAGACGCCCGAGAGGAUCCAGGCAUCUCCACCGACGUCCGAGAGAGCCUCAAGGUCUCCCAGGCCGCCCGGGACGCCGCCGAGGUUCCCUCAAGCGCGCGGGAGGAUCCGAAGGUCUCCGAAGACGCGCCGGGUGGUCCCGAGGUCUCCCGGAACGGCGGGGCGGAGCCGGAGGUCCCGGCUGGUGCCACGGUCACCCGAGGGGUCACGGAGGGUCUCCAGGUGUCCCGAGACGGCCCGGAGGGUCCCCAGCUCGCCAGGGAGGCCACGGGGGGACCCGGCGUCCCCAAGGAGGCCGACGGAGACGUCAACGCGCCCAAGGAGCUCGGCCAAGACCCCGGCAGCUCCGAGGAGAUUGGCCGGGAGCCGAGUGUCUUCGAGGAGAUUGGCCGGGAGCCGGGUGUCUUCGAGGAGGUUGGAGCCUUCAAGGAAGUCGGCCCAGACCUCAGCGUCCCCCAGGUCGACCGAGACCUCGACGCGUCCAACAACGUUGGCCAAGACCCCGAAGGGCCCCAGAAGGUGGGACGAGACCUCGGCGUCCCCAAGGAGCUCGACCGGAAGCCCAAGGAGCUUGGCGAAGGCCUCGGCGUCCCCAAGGAGCUUGGCGAAGGCCUCGGCGUCCCCAAGGAGCUUGGUGAAGGCCUCGGCGUCCCCAAGGAGCUUGGCGAAGGCCUCAGCAUCCCCAAGGAGGUCAACCAAGACCUCAACGUCCCCAAGGAGCUCGGCCAAGACGUCAGCGUCCCCAAGGAAGCUGCCCAAGACCCGGACGUCUUCAAGGAGGUUGGCCAAGACCUCGGUGUCCCCAAGGAGCUUGGUGAAGCCCUCAGCGUCCCCAAGGAAGCUACCAAAGACCCAGACGUCUCCAAGGAGUUCGGCCAAGACCUUGAUGUUUCCAAGGCGUUCGGCCAAGACCUUGACGUCCCUCGGAAGGUUGACGAAGACCUUGACGUCCCUCAGCAGCUCGGCGGAGCCCUCGCCGCCGCCGCCGCCGACCCCGCGGAGAUGCCCGACGACCCCUGGGCCGGCCCGUGGGCUUGGGAGGCCUCUUCCUCCUCCUCCUCCUCGUCGUCGUCGUCGUCCUCAUCGGAGGAAGAGGAGGUGGGCGUGGAGGACGACGGGGCGCCGCUGCCGCCGCCCGAGGAGCUGGGCCAGGGCAACCCCUUCCUGCUCUUCGUGUGCCUGGCCAUGCUGCUGGAGCAGCGGCAGGCCGUCAUGGCGCGCGCCGGCGACUACAACGAGGUGGCCAUGCACUUCGACCGCCUGGUGCGCCGCCACGACCUGCCCCGCGUGCUCCACCGCGCCAAGGCCCUCUUCGCCCGCUACCUCGAGGGCUGGGGCGGCCGCGGCGGCCCCCACGGGGCCCCCGACCCCUGAGGGCCCCCCCCCCGCCGGGGGGGCGCCUGCGGGGACCCCGGCGGUGCCCGUGGGGAGACGUCGAGGCUCCUGAGGACCCACAGAGCAGCUGAGGGACCCGGAGGUGGUUUUGGGGAGACAUCGAGGCCUUUGGGGACCCGUAGAGCAGCUGAGGGACCCGGAGGUGGUUUUGGGGAGACAUCGAGGCCGUUGGGGACCCUAUAGAGCUCCUGAGGACCCAUAGACCAGCUGAGGGACCUCGGAGGUGGUUUUGGGGAGACAUCGAGGCUGUUGGGGACCCAUAGAGCAGCUGAGGGACCCGGAGGUGGUUUUGGGGAGACAUCGAGGCCUUUGGGGACCCUAUAGGGCUCCUGGGGACCCUAUAGACCAGCUGAGGGACCCUGGAGAUGCCCGUGGGGAGACAUCGAGGCUCUUUGGGACCCUAUAGAUCCCUCUGGGGACCCAUAGACCAGCUGAGGGACCCGGAGGUGGUUUUGGGGACACAUCAAGGCUCCUGAGGACCCUAUAGACCAGCUGAGGGACCUCGGAGGUGGUUUUGGGGAGACAUCAAGGAUCUUGGGACCCUAUAGAGCUCCUGAGGACCCAUAGACCAGCUGAGGGACCCUGGAGGUGGCCGUGGGGAGACUUGGAGGCCCUUGGGGACCCUAUAGAGCUCCUGAGGACCCAUAGACCAGCUGAGGGACCCGGAGGUGGUUUUGGGGAGACAUUGAGGCCUUUGGGGACCCUAUAGAGCUCCUGGGGACCCUAUAGACCAUCUGAGGGACCCUGGAGAUGCCCGUGGGGAGACAUCGAGGCUCUUGGGGACCCUAUAGAUCCCUCUGGGGACCCAUAGACCAGCUGAGGGACCUCGGAGGUGGUUUUGGGGAGACAUCAAGGAUCUUGGGACCCUAUAGAGCUCCUGAGGGGACCCAUAGACCAGCUGAGGGAUCCUGGAGGUGGCCGUGGGGAGACUUGGAGGCCCUUGGGGACCCUAUAGAGCUCCUGAGGACCCAUAGACCAGCUGAGGGACCCUGGAGAUGGCUGUGGGGAGGCUUGGAGGCCUCUGGGGACCCUAUAGAGCUCCUGAGGGGACCCAUAGACCAGCUGAGGGACCUCGGAGGUGCCCGUGGGGAGACAUCAAGGCUCUUGGGGACCCUAUAGAGUUCUUGAGGGGACCCAUAGACCAGCUGGGGGACCCUGGAGGUGAUUUUGGGGAGACAUCGAGGCCCUUGGGGACCCUAUAGGGCUCCUGAGGACCCAUAGACCAGCUGAGGGACCCAGAGAUGGUUUUGGGGAGACAUCAAGGCCUUUGGGGACCCUAUAGAGCUCCUGAGGGGACCCAUAGACCAGCUGAGGGACCUCGGAGGUGGUUUUGGGGAGACAUCAAGGAUCUUGGGACCCUAUAGAGCUCCUGAGGGGACCCAUAGACCAGCUGAGGGAUCCUGGAGGUGGCCGUGGGGAGACUUGGAGGCCCUUGGGGACCCUAUAGAGCUCCUGAGGACCCAUAGACCAGCUGAGGGACCCUGGAGAUGGCUGUGGGGAGGCUUGGAGGCCUCUGGGGACCCUAUAGAGCUCCUGAGGGGACCCAUAGACCAGCUGAGGGACCUCGGAGGUGGUUUUGGGGAGACAUCAAGGCUCUUGGGGACCCUAUAGAGCUCCUGAGGACCCAUAGACCAGCUGAGGGACCCUGGAGGUGAUUUUGGGGAGACAUCGAGGCCCUUGGGGACCCUAUAGGGCUCCUGAGGACCCAUAGACCAGCUGAGGGACCCAGAGAUGGUUUUGGGGAGACAUCAAGGCCUUUGGGGACCCUAUAGAGCUCCUGAGGGGACCCAUAGACCAGCUGAGGGACCCUGGAGAUGGUUUUGGGGAGAUAUUAAGGCUUUUGGGGACCUAUAGACCAGCUGAGGGACUGCAGAGGGCCUGUGGGGAGACUUGGAGGCUCUUGGGACCCUAUAGAUCCCCCUGGGGACCCAUAGAGCAGCUGAGGGACCCUGGAGGUGGUUUUGGGGAGAUAUCGAGGCCUUUGGGGACCCUAUAGACCAGCUGAGGGACCCUGGAGGUGGCCGUGGGGAGACAUCAAGGCUCUCAGGACCCUAUAGAUCCCCCUGGGGACCCAUAGACCAGCUGAGGGACCCCAGAGACACCCAUAGGGGGAUAUAGACACCACUGGGGACCCUAUAGAGCCCCUCAGAAGCCCUGGAAAUGCCCGUGGGGAGACAUAGAGGCCCCUGGGGACCCUAUAGAGCCCCCAGGGGACCCAUAGAUCAGCUGAGGGACCCUGGAGACACCUAUGGGGAGCCAUAGGCAUCCCUGGGGUCCCUAUAGAUCUCCCUGGGGACCUACAGACUAACAUAAAGACUCUUUAGGCACCUGUGGGGAGCCAUAGGUCCCCCCGGGGGACCCAUAGACACCCCGGGGACCCACAGGGACCUUAUAGAUCCCCCUUGGAGACCCAUAGACACCUUGGGGACCCAUAGAGACCUGUGGGGACCCUAUAGAUCCCCCUUGGAUACCUAUAGACCAACAUAGGGACCCUGUAGGCACCCAUGGGGACAUAUAGAUAGGCCAGCAGCCCCCAGUAUGGCCCAGUAUAGCCCAGUGUCCCCCUGCCUGCUCUCUACGUUGCCUGCGGAGCAUCCCAGCAUGGACCAGUACGGACCAGUAUGGCCUCCACGUCACCUUGGGCUGCCCCAGUAUGGACCAGUGAAGGUCUGGAAGCCUGACUGGGAUCAUGUCCUGCACAUGGCCUUGGGCUGCACCAGUACGGACCAGUAUGGACCAGUGCGGCAUCCGAAUUGGGACUUCUCACCCGCGUGGCCUUGCCUCGUCCCAGUAUGGACCAGUACGGCAUCGCAACUGGGAACUGCUCACCCACGUGGCCUUGGGACUGUCCCAGUAUGGACCAGUACGGAUCAGUACGAUGUCUCGACUGGAAGCUGCUCAUCCGCGUGGCCUUGUGUCUCCCAGUAUGGACCAGUACGGACCGGUAGGGCGCCCCCACUGGGACCUUUUCACUCCCCCCGUGGCCUUGGGUCCUCCCAGUAUGGACCAGUACAGCCCAGUGCCCCCCCCACCCGGUGCCUUCCCGCUCCCCCCCUUAUUUAUUGCCCCCCCCACCCUGCCGGGAGGGGCCCAGGCGUCCGGGGGCCGUGAGGUGCCGAAGACGCGAAUAAACCUGACGCCCAUGUCUGA